AUGUCAAUUUCAUCUCUAGCAGGUCCUUUGGAUGCGCCAGAAAUACGGCUACCCAAGUCAAGCUUCGUUUCAUUUAGAUUAAGUUAUUCGGAUUCAAAAACUAUAUCAGAAAAUGCUAAGACCAUCUUUCUAGGAAAAGUCCCUGCGUUUUUGCUGGAUGAAAAACAUCAUAGCUUCCUUUCCAAAUCAACUCAUAGGGCAAGGUCAAAGGUUCAAAAGAAGUUUAAGUCCACGGUUAGUACAAUUCAUAGUUCGGUCCGAGGUUCUUCUAUGCAUAAAGGUAAUGACGACCUGAAUUACAAUGAGAAGUUCAACCGGAGAUUGAAAAACCAAGUGAAAACUGAAUUAAGAGCUUUGAGAAAACAAAGUAAACAUUUAUCUUCCUCUGACUUACCCAGCCUUCAUAGGUUAUCAACUGAACUGAACGGCGAAACAAUUAUUGAUAGUGAGCAAAUUAACGACUCUGAAGGGACGUCCUUUCUUCUGUUUACCGAUGCUCGGGAGCAGGACUCAACAGAAGCUUCUACUUAUUCAUUUGACAAUUAUAAUCCCCAUGAAGAUGUCAAGUCUCCGGUAAAAGAUUUUUUCUCUCAAAAAGAAGAAACGCCUACUCCUAUACCAAUUGUAAUUAAUCCGGCAGAAUUUCCAGAUAUUUCAGAUAAUUAUUUAGAUUACCAUAACGAAUCUUAUAUCGAUAUUUCUGGCUCAGUCUUGAGUAAAGAAAAACUAUUGCCCGUAGAAACUGCCCCAGAAAGUUUCUUGAAUUUGCAAUCGACUACUACACCUAAUUCUAAACCCAAAGUUAAAUUUGAUGACUCUUCUAACCAAAGGAAAGGCGGUUCUAGAAUCAGUAUAGCUCUACCUGAACCAGAAAAUCCAACAGAGGAUACUUUUGUGAAAGCCGCCAAAGAACACGAAAGAUUUCGUAAGAAAAUCAAGAAUUUAGCUAAGGCUUCUAAAGGUAAAGCUAAGGUUAAAAAUUACGAUAUUAGAAAUAAAAUUUUGAACUCCCUUUUGAAAAAUUAUCAAGCUGGAGAGAUUAUUCGUUCUGAGAAAGUACUUCUAUUAGUAAAAGAAUCUUUUCAAGUUCUGCAUGCAGAAACAUUUAAUGAAAGUGAACCGUUUGAUACAAGGGUUUAUGAACGGUGGCAUGAAUCAGUGAUGAUUUUCAGAAAAUCGAGGGAUAUUAAUAGGCCAUUUGUGAUUCAAUUUUACGACUCUCGUAGUUUGGAUAAUUCUAAAAAGAAACCAAACUUUCAAAUCUUUCUUAGUUAUUCUACUAGGGCUCAAUUCUACAGCUGUCUUGAUAAAUCCAUUUGCUUGACUGUUCCUAAUGAUGAAGGUUUAAUGAUAUACAUUUUCAAGAGCCAUUUUCAACAAGACUCGUUGAGAUGGUUAUCAUUAAUCAAGCAGGUUACUUCUAAUGAUUUGACUCAACCCUUUGACGUUCAUAUUCCUGAACUAGAACUUGCAAUUAAUUUUAAUGUUUCUCAUGAUUUUUUGAGUAAGUUCAUGGAUGAAGAAAAAUUUAUCACAUUCAAUAAGUUAGACAAUGGAUAUCAGAUCAGACAUAGUGACAUAUUUGAAUAUUUGUUUCAAACAGUUAAUCAACAAUUACAAGAAUUGAGUUAUAAUAAGCCAAAUGUAAAAUUGUUUUUAGAAAAAACCACCAAUCCUUGGCUAUGUUAUAAAUAUUAUGAUAGAUUAGAAUGGGUUCAAAAAAAUGCUGAGACUUUCUAUCUUCAAAAUCAGCUUCUAUCUAAUACUUUCCAUUUGGAGUUUCGUCAACCUAUGCAAGAUCCCAGAGAAAUACAAGUUGAAAAUACGUGCAUGAUCGAACCAUACCCUAUCGAAGGUUUUCUUGCCAGAUUAACAAACACUUUAGGUAAAGAAGUAUCGUUUCUUAGAACGUUUCAUAAAAUCUCUUACUUCUAUACUAGCAAUAAUAUUUUAUUUUUCACCAAAUAUUAUAGAGGCACACCUCCAUCCCCAAAUAAUCAACUUUUAAAAGAUGAUGGACUUGGACUUUUGAAUAAAGAAAUCCCAGAAAUAUUUUUGAAGUCUCCAUUUGAACUAGACGAACAUGACCAUAUAGCUUGGCUCGAUUCUCCUGAAUUUGAAAAGUACGAUGAAAUAGCAUUAUCAGAUUUUGAAAGAAGAACACAACAAAUUGCAAAAGCAGAAGGGUUGUUAGACCUAACUCUUGUUAAAAGCAUCAAGGCCAUUCCAUCUGAUGAGAUACAUAAGACGCAUAAGUUGCUACAAUGUGUUCUAUGGUAUUCGGUUAAUAAUCCGAGCUACUUGGAAAAUGAAGAUAUCGUUGACUCUGCAUUCCAAAUCGAAUUACUAAAUGGAAGUAAAAUCAAACUACAAGCAUCUAAUAGAAUGAUCAGAGACGAAUGGAUAAACCACCUCAAUUCUUUAUCAGUAUAUUGGAAAGCAAGAACUAGUUUCCAACUAAAAAGAAUUAAUGAAGUCCGUAAAAAAAAUCAAGAUUUGCUAAGAAUUAACGAAUACACUGACUCAAAUAUCGUUCAAGAAUCCGACUGUAUUGAAUUUAAGCAUUCAUAUGCAGAUACAAUGAUACAUAAUAUCGGAAGUUUGUCAAUGUCCAAGUGUGUAUCGAUGAGUGGAAUUCUUUAUCAGAAACAAAAAAAACAUUCGAACUUCAAUCAAUACUAUGUUGUACUUUGCCCGGGGUUUCUUCUUUUGUUUACUCUAUAUAGACGUUCUAAGGCUACUGGCGCCUGGAAAAAAUCUUCAUUCUUCGAACACUAUAUGACUAUUCCUAUAGCUGAGUCUUAUGUCUAUUCAGGAAAUCUCACGGCAAAUGAUCUUCUUGAAAUAAAUACGGGUAUACAUUCAAAUAAUCCGGCACAGCAUUCAUUACCAAGACUAUAUGCUGAUGGUUGGAAGUCAGCGGAAGAAGAGCCAAUGUGUUGUUUCACCUUAUGGUUUGGCAGAAAGAGACAAAUUGCUGGCCGUGAUAAGUCUGUUCUUAGACAAGAGGUGUUAGAUGAUAUCACAGAACACGAGAAAAACAAUAGUAGACCUAAGAAUCCUGGUAUUAUUAAUAUGAUUAGAAAGCUGGGAUUUACAGGUAAAAGUGUUGUAUUUCGUGCCAGGUCAAGACAGGAAAGGGAAAUGUGGGUUUCUAGAAUUCAUAACGAAAUAGAUCGGUUUUCAAGAAACUAA